AUGAAUGUGAUGGAAAAGAUUAAAGAAAUAGAAAACGAAAUGGCAAGGACACAGAAAAACAAGGCAACAAGCAAUCAUCUUGGAAUCCUGAAGGCCAAGCUGGCCAAGCUCAGAAGGGAGCUGAUGUCGGCUCCGAAGUCCGGUUCGUCUGGAGAGGGAGGAUUCGACGUUGCAAAAACGGGGAUAGCAAGAGUAGGGUUUGUGGGAUUCCCGAGCGUCGGGAAAAGUACCCUCAUGUCCAAGCUUACAGGUACGUUCAGCGCCGUUGCUGCAUAUGAAUUCACCACCCUGACGACAGUUCCUGGCGUACUAAGCUAUAACGGAGCAAAAAUUCAGAUUCUGGAUCUUCCGGGAAUAAUUGAGGGGGCAAAGGAUGGAAAGGGUAGAGGAAAGCAGGUCUUGGCUGUUGCAAGAACGUGCUCACUCAUCAUAGUUUGCCUUGACGUCCUCAAACCUGUUUCGCACAAGGCUGUGAUUGAAAGAGAGCUUGAGGGGGUUGGGAUCAGGCUCAACAAGCAGCCUCCGAAGAUUAAAGUGACUAAAAAGGACAAGGGAGGGGUGACGCUUAUCGGAGAUAGCCUGGACCUUUCCACUGUGAAGGCUGUGCUUGGGGAAUUUAGGAUAUCGAAUGCAGAAGUCAUAACGAGUGGGCCGUGUACGAUUGAUGACCUUAUUGAUGUAAUCGAGGGAAACAGAAAGUAUGUUCCAUGCAUAUAUGUGCUGAAUAAGAUUGACUCGAUCAGUGUGGAGGAGCUGGACCUCCUCUACAAGAUCCCGCACUCUGUUCCUGUGUGUGCACAUUUAGGAUGGAAUUUUGAUUCGCUACUGUCCAAGAUGUGGGACUAUCUCGAUCUUGUAAGGAUAUAUCCGAAGCCGAAGGGAAAACCCAUUGACUAUGAGGAGCCUGUGAUCCUCAGGAGCAGUAGAAGAAGCGUAUCUGACUUUUGCAAUGCAAUACACAGAGGGAUUCUUGCAAAGUUCAAGCAUGCAUUGGUUUGGGGAACCUCCGUCAAACACAAUCCACAAAAGGUUGGGAAAGAGCACAUUCUGAAUGACAGUGACGUUGUCCAAAUUGUCAAGAGCGUCUAA